AUGUCAGCGAGUACGAGUUCCUCCUAGUGAGUUUCAAAAAAUGUGUGAACAAAUUCUAUUUUCUAAAAUUUCAGUCGCGCAACAAACACUCAAACAAUGAGUAAUACAGAUGUGAGACAAUAUCAAUGUUUGGUAUGUCAUAAAGUUCAUAUCGACUACGAUAAACAUCAAGAACACAUAUAUGAACAUUAUAUUGCUGGAGAUCAAACAUAUUGCGUGAAUGAUUUUGUUAGUAGUUUCAAUCUAGUAGGAAUACCCUAACUUGAUGUUUUUAGGGCGAAGUUAUUCUUCGCAAUGCAGAGCCACUGCGAGAAGAGAAAGAUCUUUUGAAUGGGGAGGAAGUGAACGAUGAAAAAGAAAAUCCACCAGAAGAAUACGUGGAUUCUGAUGACGAUUCUUAUGUUGAUGUUGUAAAUUGCGAUUCGCCAGAUAGAGGAUUUGUGAGUUUUUUCAAGCAUACUUAUCGCAACCAGAAAAAACAGAACUGUGUCUUUCUGAUCAUUUCACGCGCGUUGCAGUAAGAUAAUAUUUUUCUUUGGAUACCUAUAAUGGUAAAACAAUAGUAAUGCACAUAUUUCACAGCAAUGCUCAGAAACCCCAUGCAUUACACGUUGUUUCCUAUCAAUUCAAACUCACAUCAACUGUUACGCGCCUAGAAGAAUAAAUAUAUUCUCGAAACUAUAGCUGUUUUCAAAUUUCUUCGUCCCGUGGACAUCGGAACAAAACUUCUCGAGCUACCCCUAUCUUCUUUUUUAUUAAUUUUUUUCAGAACGUCGGAGGUGAACCUCCAAGAGUCGAAAUUGAUUAUGAUGAUGAGUCUUCGUCAGAUGAAGAAGAAGAAGAAGAAGAAGUCGAGAGAUACGGGAAUAUAAGAAAAAGACGAUAUAUUAUGGGUAAGUAGUAUUAUUGGUGUUGGCCUGAAUAAUUUUAGAUUUUUUGUGCAGAUUCCGAUUCGAGCGAGUUCGACAAUGAUGAAUUCGAUAAUCAGAAUGAAGAUGUUGAAGAAGAAAUUGAAGAAGUGGAAGAUGAAAAAGAAGAAGUGGAUAUAGAGAAAGAAAAAACAGAAAAUGAAAACAAAAACAGACGAAAGAACAAAGUUAUAACUAUCCUCAGUGACAAACCUGAUUUGGUGAGUUUGAUUUCUAAAUCAUAACUCAAGAUAAUCGAAUUUUUAAGCUUUUGCUUUACGAAAAUUAUCAAGGUGACGAUGAUAGAUACAAUAGUUUUGAAGAGGUCAUUUCAAAAAGCAAAAAACAACCAAAAGCCGUUCAAAAUCUCAUGCCAUGGAGUCAUUGGAAAAAACAAGAUUCCGCCAAGAACAUCUUCUAUGGUUAUAAAGCAUACAACGUGGAACAAGAACAGGAGAAUCCGGACGGUAUCAAAAGAUCUAAAAGACUUCAAAUGAAAGCGGAAUUAUCAAAAGGUAUGUUUUUUUUCGAAUUAUUAAGUUACAAAAGAAAUUAUAAUGAAAUCUGAAAGCGUUGCAUUUUGACACAAAUCAACUACGUUUUCAGAUGCAAACAAAGAUGACAGCAAUCUUUAUAAAAAAGUUUACAAAACCACAAGACGCGGUUUGUGA